UGCAUCCUUUUGAGCUGCGAUGGGCAGAAACUUCGCUCGCGUGAAAGUCGUCUGUCAUAUGCUGCGGUCAGACGCUGAAACGUCCCCUCGUUAAUUUUACUAGUUCUCGUGAUGGAAUCAGUAAAUAACUUGAUAGUCGAUACCAAGAUCAGAAUUUGAGUUCACGUUAAAUCAGUAGAGUCUGACUAAAUCGGGAGCGACGUUAAACGGGGCUGGCUGUUUUCCUCGUCUUUGGAGAAACUAAGUUGCCGGUUGCUGCUGACACAUCCCUGACCCCUGUUUCCAUCGCCGGCCAGAGGAGGGCUCAGGAAGGAGAAGAGAGGAAGGGCUGCUGGUACAGCCCUGCGGCCUUGACUGAAAUCAUGUGGGAAUGAGGAGGAGGGGGGGAAGACCUAAAGGCCCUGACCCAGGAUGGAGCUCAAAGUCUGGGUGGACGGCAUCCAGCGUGUCGUCUGUGGUGUCACGGAGGUCACUACCUGCCAGGAGGUGGUCAUUGCCCUGGCCCAGGCUAUAGGACGCACCGGGAGGUACACUCUGAUUGAGAAAUGGCGGGACACAGAGCGCUUCCUGGCCCCGCACGAGAGCCCCGUGGCCUCGCUGAACACCUGGGGUCAGUACGCCGGCGACGUGCAGCUCGUCCUGCACCGCACGGGGCCCUCGCUGACCGAGCGCCCGCCGUCCGAAGGGCCGUGCUCCAGGCUGCCCGAGCGCGGCCCCCACCGCCAGAGCCUGCCGCCCAUGGCCAAGUUCCGGCCGCAGGGCAGCCUGUCUCUGCGGCGUCGGGAGCCCAGGCGCAAGUCGCUGACCUACGGCGGCGCCCCGCGGAGCCUCAGGGACAUCCUGAGUGGGGGGCGGCUGCCCGGCGGUGGCGGUGGUGGUGGUGGCGGCGGCAGUAGCGGCGGUCACGAUCUGGAACUGAAACGGCAGACGGUCAUGUUGAGUAACGGACACGCGCCUGCGGCUGGCAUGCUUCCGCUCUCCGGGAGCCGUGCCGAGGACCUGACCCGGCUGAUCCGUCUGCAGGGGGAGAAGCUGGGGAUCCUCGGGCGACGGCUGGAGGCCUACGACGUGGAGCUUAGGACCUGGGGGCAAAGAGGGGAGUAUGUUGGCGGCGGUGGCGGCGGAGGAGGGGGUUACGACGCAGCGGGCAUGGCGGCCACGGCGGAGGAGAUCGCGUGUCUGGAGAAACGCAUGCGCCGGGGCGAGGCGGAGAUGGAAGAGGAGGAGUUCUGGGCGAGCGAGCUGGAGAUCGAGCGGGAGAGCGAGCGGCAGCUGGACGAGAGGCUGCAGGAGAUGCGGGGCCGCGUGCACGACUGCGAGGACGACCUCAGGCAGCGGCUGACGCGGCUGCAGAGUGUGGAGGCUGGACUGGAGGCGGAGAGGGUGCAGCUAGAGCAGAAAGAGUUGCAGCAGGUGAGUGAGGAGGAGCUGCGGGCGCGUCUGCAGCGCAUCUCGCUGGAGCUGAAGGUGCAGUCGCAGCACGCCCUCCACCUGGAGAGCAGCUGCCGGGCGGUGGAGCGCUCGCUUGGCCAGUGUGGGAAGAGGCUGCAGGACAAGCAGCAUGAGUUGGAGCAGCUCACCAAGGAGCUCAGGCAGGUCAAUCUGCAGCAGUUCAUCCAACAGACCGGCACCAAGGUCACCGUGCUUCCUGUGGAGCCUGGCGAGGAGGAGGGGAGCCAUGCUGCGGAGAGCUCAGAUUUUGCUGCCUUGUCCGGUUCCCUGAAACGUCCUGGCAUAGCCCACCCCAUCCCCGGGCACCUGCGUGUCCUGCAGAGUGGCCUGAGGUCGGCAUUAAACCCAGAGGGUAUCUAUGUGUGAGGGUACCUAGAGGAACCCAGAGGGUAUCAAGAGGACGCAUCCACCCCUCCCAGCCUCCUCCAAAGACACCAGCCUACACCCCAACACCACAGACGAUUGAAUCCUCUCAGUGGCCUUUUAUCAUGUGGAGGUGGUGGCGUUCAUGGGAAUACUACAAUGAUCAGAGUCCAGCCUUUUGUAGUGUGUAGGGUUCUGUUUGUUACAGCUCAGUUUGGGAGAGUGAUGAUGAUGAGGGCAUAUCAUCGUUCUUUAACUUGUGCUCUUUUUGUUUUCUGCAUUGUUUACAUGUUGUUUAUCCACUUAAUUGGCACAUUAUAUGACCACAUACAAUCACCACAGCAGGUGAUGGGUAGAGGCGGAAGUGAUGAGCACAUAACUUCACAUUACCACAAAGGUUGUUCUUACCAAAACAUUCUUCUCACUUGCUGAGACCGGCUUCAAAGCAUGGAGAGUCAGAGACGCUCACCUGGAUUACAGGAUGAGGGACUGUGGCAUAUGUGAAAUACCUCAGAUAAAACUCUUAUUUCACUAUAUGGAAGAACUGUAUCAAGGAGAGAUAUUUCAAAUCAUCUACACAACAGAGAAGAAUUCAGAUACUGCAUCAAUACAGACUAAUAAUCAUGCAGUUGAAAUAACAGAAAACACAGUUCCUAGAGGACAUUUUCUCAUUUAUUUUCAGAAGAAUGUGACUGUAAAUGUUCUAUUUCUUGUGCACUUGUCCUUAAUGAAAUCAGGCCAAAGACCAAGGAAAAAAGUGUUAAUGUUUAUAUAUCUGUAAGCCAUAUCAACUGCAUACUUGCAGAUAAACAGCAAUAAACAAUUUGUGCAAUUGGUUUGCUCACUCUGUGUUUUGCAGUGGAGUUAAGGCUGUAGUAAUCAGUCUACAACACAUUCAGUGCCUUAUGUUUGUGUGAAUCAAUCCUGAAUGACACAAUUGUUUGAAUUACACAUUUUUAGAUUAGGCUAUUUUGAAAAGCUCCCUGUCUUCUACGUCUGACAUUCAUUUGGCAAAACGAAGCAAGUUUCCAAACCUCUGCAGUAUUGAAUCUGUCAAGUCUCAGUACAGUAAACCCCAUUUGUAUUUCGUAACAGAACUUAAGAGGGAUGUGUUAUGAAAAAAGUGGGAUAUUGUGCUUAAAGCCAGAGCCAAAGGUUUGUGGCCUUGUUGCAUGCUAUUUUGUUUACAGUUUAAUGCGGACAAAUUGUUACAUACAAAUAUUAAAAUAUAAAACAACAAAGAAAAAGAAUCCACUGAGAACACUCAUCUCUUCUUGUCAAAAUGUGAACACGCUUCUGGCUUUAUGUUCAAGAAAUCACUAACCUUGCUUUGCAGUAUACCCUCAGGCUCUGCCUUACAUGUCAUUAGCAGUAUUGCAUAAUUGUGUUAUACAUUUUGACUCGAAGCUAUACCACUGCUAAUGAGCAUAUAGUAAAUAAUCAUUGCAUAAUAUUUGUUAAAAACCCCAAUGCAACGACUGUGUUGGGCAUUGCAUUUGUUGUGUAUCUAUCAUUGUUUAAUAGUAUGUGUGUGGGCCAUGGCAUCAAUGUAUUAUUAUUAUUAUUAUUAUUAUUAUUAUUGUCAUUAUUGUGUCUCAUUUGGCAAAGUAAUCUGUUGCUGCAUGAUUAAGCCACUUUUGUGUUGCUGUGUAAUGUUUCCAGUGUUUCAUAUUGGCUUCCUCAUAACAUGUGCUGCAUAUAGUAUGCAAGGAAUGUAGAUGACUGUUUUUCAAAACUGUAUUUCCUAAGCCAAACAAACAUUUAAAGCUAAGCUAAAAUUGCCUCAAUGACUCUAUUUCACCAUGUGUUUUGGGGAUACCCAAGAGUGUGACAGCCAUAUAUUUGAUCAUUUAUCCUGUUUGUUUAUUUAUUUAUUCAGUUGCUCAGUUGUUUUAUAAAUAAAGACACUUGUUCACUGCUCAA